AUGGGGGACGAGGACGAGGACGAGGGCUGCGCCGUGGAGCUGCGGAUCACGGAGGCCAACCUGACGGGGCACGAGGAGAGGGUGAGCGUGGAGAACUUCGAGCUGCUCAAGGUGCUGGGCACGGGAGCCUACGGGAAGGUGUUCCUGGUGCGGAAGGCGGGCGGGCACGACGCGGGGCGGCUGUACGCCAUGAAGGUGCUGCGCAAGGCGGCCCUGGUGCAGCGCGCCAAGACGCGGGAGCACACGCGCACCGAGCGCUCGGUGCUGGAGCUGGUGCGCCAGGCGCCCUUCCUGGUCACCCUGCACUACGCCUUCCAGACGGACGCCAAGCUGCACCUCAUCCUGGACUAUGUGAACGGGGGCGAGAUGUUCACCCACCUCUACCAGCGCCAGCGCUUCACGGAGGCCGAGGUGCGCGUGUACGCCGGCGAGAUCGUGCUGGCGCUGGAGCACCUGCACAAGCUGGGCAUCAUCUACCGAGACCUGAAGCUGGAGAACGUGCUGCUGGACUCGGAGGGCCACAUCGUGCUCACAGACUUCGGGCUGAGCAAGGAGUUCCUGACGGAGGAGAAAGAGCGGACCUUCUCCUUCUGCGGCACCAUCGAGUACAUGGCCCCCGAGAUCAUCCGCAGCAAGUCGGGGCACGGCAAGGCCGUGGACUGGUGGAGCCUGGGCAUCCUGAUCUUUGAGCUGCUGACGGGGGCCUCGCCCUUCACGCUGGAGGGCGAGAGGAACACGCAGGCAGAGGUGUCCCGACGGAUCCUGAAGUGCUCCCCUCCCUUCCCCUCUCGGAUCGGGCCAGUGGCGCAGGACCUGCUGCAGCGGCUGCUUUGCAAGGAUCCCAGGAAGCGGCUGGGCGCGGGGCCCCAGGGCGCACAGGAAGUCAAGAGCCACCGUUUCUUCCAGGGUCUGGACUGGGCCGCUCUGGCCGCCAGGAAGAUCCCAGCUCCAUUCCGACCCCAGAUCCGCUCAGAGCUGGAUGUGAGCAACUUCGCAGAAGAGUUCACUCGGCUGGAGCCUGUCUACUCCCCUGCCGGCAGCCCCCCGUCCGGGGACUCGCGCGUCUUCCAGGGAUACUCCUUCGUGGCGCCGUCCAUCCUGUUUGACCACAACAACGCUGUGAUGACGGAUGUGCUGGAGGCACCUGGCUCCGGAGACCGGCCGGGCCGGGCGGCGGUGGCCCGCAGCGCCAUGAUGCAGGACUCGCCCUUCUUCCAGCAGUACGAGCUGGACCUGCGGGAGCCCGCGCUGGGCCAGGGCAGCUUCUCCGUGUGUCGCCGCUGCCGCCAGCGCCAGGGCGGCCAGGAGUUCGCGGUCAAGAUCCUCAGCCGCAGGCUGGAGGCGAACACCCAGCGCGAGGUGGCCGCCCUGCGGCUGUGCCAGUCGCACCCCAACGUGGUGAAGCUGCACGAGGUGCAUCAGGACCAGCUGCACACGUACCUGGUCCUGGAGCUGCUGCGGGGCGGGGAGCUGCUGGAGCACAUCCGCAAGAAGCGGCACUUCAGCGAGUCCGAGGCGAGCCAGAUCCUGCGCAGCCUGGUGUCCGCCGUGAGCUUCAUGCACGAGGAGGCGGGCGUGGUGCACCGCGACCUCAAGCCCGAGAACAUCCUGUACGCCGACGACACCCCCGGAGCCCCGGUGAAGAUCAUCGACUUCGGGUUCGCGCGGCUGCGGCCGCAGAGCCCCGCGGGGCCCAUGCAGACGCCCUGCUUCACGCUGCAGUACGCGGCGCCCGAGCUGCUGGCGCGGCAGGGCUACGACGAGUCCUGCGACCUCUGGAGCCUCGGCGUCAUCCUGUACAUGAUGCUGUCGGGGCAGGUCCCCUUCCAGGGGGCCUCGGGCCAGGGUGGGCAGAGCCAGGCGGCCGAGAUCAUGUGCAAGAUCCGCGAGGGGCGCUUCUCCCUGGACGGCGAGGCCUGGCAGAGCGUGUCCGAGGAAGCCAAGGAGCUGGUCCGAGGGCUCCUAACCGUGGACCCGGCCAAGAGGCUGAAGCUCGAGGGGCUGCGGGGCAGCUCGUGGCUGCAGGACGGCAGCGCGCGCUCCUCGCCCCCGCUCCGGACGCCGGACGUGCUCGAGUCCUCGGGACCGGCCGUGCGCUCGGGUCUCAACGCCACCUUCUUGGCCUUCAACCGGGGCAAGCGCGAGGGCUUCUUCCUGAAGAGCGUGGAGAACGCGCCGCUGGCCAAGCGGCGGAAACUGAAGCUGCGGAGCGCCGCCGCCUCCCGCCGGGCCUCCCCGGCGCCCGCCGCCCCGGGCCGGGCCCCCGCGGCCAAGGGAGCCGCCCGCCGAGCCAACGGCCCCCUGCCCCCGUCCUAG